GUCGUAUGUCAGCUUUUUGCUGCGUAUUAUACCCCAUAACAUUGUAAUUGACAUGGAUGCUAUUCCCAUGUACACGAAGUUCCUAUGACAUUUUUGAGUGGAAGGGAUUGACUGAUUUCUCAACCUCAAUAAUUACUAAGAGGAUCAAUGAAUAAAACAUUUUUGGGUCCACAAAGCAGAUCCCCCACCCCUCUCUCCCAUAUAAAGAGGGUACAAACCAAAGCGCUCUCUCCACAACCAAAACCUGCAGCAUCCGCAGCGCUAUUGAAGAUCAUAUUAUGGAUAUAGAAAGGGGAGCAGUAGCCAGAGAGAUUGAUGAGGAGAAAUGGGUUUAUGAUUCUUCAGUGGAUCAUAAAGGAAGAGUUCCUCGUCGAGCUUCCACUGGUGUGUGGAAAGCCUCGUUCUUUAUCAUUGCAAUCGAGUUCAGUGAGAGACUGAGUUACUUUGGAAUUGCGACUAGCUUAAUCAUUUACCUGACUAAAAUAAUGCACCAAGAUCUCAAGGCAGCUGCAGAGAGUGUCAACUACUGGACUGGUGUGGCUACAUUGAUGCCCUUAAUUGGUGGUUUCGUAGCCGAUGCUUACUUGGGUCGAUUCUCAACGGUUCUUUUCUCAUCAAUUCUCUACCUCAUGGGUUUAAUUAUGUUAACAAUGUCAUGGUUUGUACCGAGCCUUAAGCCUUGUGACGGUGGUGAUGUUUGUCGUGAACCGAGGAAGGUUCAUGAAGUCGUUUUCUUUCUUGCAAUCUACUUGAUCUCUGUUGGAACUGGAGGGCAUAAACCUUGUUUGGAGAGUUUUGGAGCAGAUCAAUUCGACGAGAAUCACCCAGAAGAGAGAAAGAAAAAGAUGUCAUACUUCAAUUGGUGGAACAUUGGACUAUGUGCAGGACUUCUACUUGCUGUGACUGUAAUAGUUUAUGUGCAAGACCAUGCGAGCUGGGGCAUCGCAGACAUCAUUUUCACCACAGUCAUGGCUAUUUCUUUGAUUAUCUUUGUUCUCGGAAGGCCGAUUUACAGAUACCGAAAACCAACUGGAAGCCCUUUAACACCAUUGUUUCAGGUUCUUGUAGCUGCCAUUGCAAAAAGAAACUUUCCUUCUCCUUCCAAUCCAGCUGAAUUACAUGAAGAGUACAAGUCGCAGAAGACACAAGGAAGACUUCUCUGCCACACUGAUAAACUUAAGUUUCUAGACAAAGCGGCUAUUGUAGAAGAGAAGGGAAGCUCAGUUGAGAAACAGAGUCCAUGGAGACUCUCAACAGUGACAAGAGUGGAGGAAAUGAAGCUUAUUCUCAAUAUGAUCCCAAUAUGGCUCGGUACUUUACCAUUUGGAAUUUGUGUGGCACAAGGCACUACAUUCUUCAUCAAACAGGGCACCACUCUGAACAGAAAGAUUGGUAAUGAUUUCCUGCUUCCCCCUGCUUCAAUCUACGCUCUGGCUGCCAUUGGAAUGAUAACUUCUGUCGCCAUUUACGAAAAAAUCUUAGUACCCUUACUAAGAAAAGUAACGGGGAACGAACGAGGAAUCAAAAUGCUCCAGAGGAUUGGAAUUGGGAUGCUAUUCUCAAUCACUACGAUGAUCGUUGCUGCUUUGGUUGAGAAAAAGAGACUUAAUGUUGUAUCAAAGAAUCCCACAACAGCUUCAACUUCCAUGAGUGUCUUCUGGUUGGCUCCACAAUUUAUCAUCAUUGGUGUGGGAGAUGGGUUUACUUUGGUAGGCUUACAAGAGUACUUCUAUGAUCAAGUUCCAGAUUCGAUGAGAAGCUUAGGCAUUGCCUUCUACCUUAGUGUGAUUGGGGCUGCAAACUUCCUUAGUAGUCUCUUGAUAACAGUUGUUGAUCGAGUUACUGAAAAGAGUGGCCAGAGUUGGUUUGGGAAGGAUUUGAAUAGUAGUCGCUUGGACAAUUUCUACUGGCUAUUAGCAGGCAUAGCUGCAGUCAAUUUGUGCAUCUAUGUGCCAAUUGCUCAGCGAUAUUCUUACAAGAAUGUGCAGAACGUAGCCAUCGCUGAUUGCCAUGACGGUGACAGAGCUGCAGCUGCUUCAAUGGCUUGAAGCUUAUACAUAAUCAUUAUCAUAUCAAUAAAAUUAUGUCUUCGUGUUUCCCUAAUUUCCUUUAGCACUAAAAGCCUGGUUUCUCAUACUACACUUAGCAGAUACUUCCUAGCUCUUUGUUGACAUCGCCUUUGCGGCGCAAAUAGUAAUCCAAGCUUUGUAAUAAUCUAAA